AUGUUUACUUCUACUUUAGUCACCUUUAUUAUGAUGUUAUCUGUCAUAGCAGAGAAACCCAAACCUAAUGCUCAGCCUAUCUGUGUUAAUCUUUUUAACAAAUCUACGCCUCCAACCUCCAAAUCGACUGUCCCAACGGGCCACAAACUAUCUGUUAACUCGGUGGAUUCAACAGCUCAGAGACGGAGCUUGGAUCUCGAGGAGGAUGGUACAGAGUUGGAAACUAGUGUAAAUCCAAACAAUGUCUUGGCGGUAAAAGGAGGCGGCGAACAGCAAAAGGGAAAGACGCCCGCUACGAAGUUGAGAUUUAAAACAACUGCCCCGGUCGAUUGGCUAAAAAGUGACAACAGUCCAUGUGGCCCUUAUAAGACUGAGGCAGUCAUGGGUGCAUGCUUAUGGCAAGGUAAGGAUCCAUCGGGUGCCGACGCUUCAAAGGCUGGUUGGUUGAGUGGAGCUGCUACAAAGAUGUGUGGGCAAGAGCUUUCCGUUGCUCGUGCUGGAAAACCAAAUGAUAUAAUCACUGUUAAGGUCAUAGAUGCUUGUUCCUUCAAUAUUAAAAUGGAAAAAGCAGGAUGUAAUCAGAUCUACUUAUCUAAAAAGGCCUUUGAUGCAUUGAAACCUACAGCGGUUGAAGCAGAAAAAGGAUCUAUGAGUGAUUUGAUUUGGGAUAUAAAAGCACCAGCCACCGGAAAAGCCACACAUUGA